CCUUCUCAACGAUAUUAUAGCGCGCCCUCUCUCUCUCUCUCUCUCUCUCUCCCAAUCCGACUCACAGAGACACAAAUUCAUGGCCUCACUUUCGAGCCCAACCCCACCGUUUAAGCGGCCACCGGUUACCAAACCGGUAACUGUACGGUCCCAAACCACACUCAGUCCCCAACCUCCUCCUCCUCCUUCUUCUUCUACUAAUAGCAACUCAAACAAAACACACUCACUAACACUGACACAGAGAAGCCGAAGCAAAAUACUAGACAUUCAGAAGCUGAAAGAUAAGGAGGCCAAGGAGAGAAAAGAGGAGACCAACAAGAAAAUAGCUUCCCGGAAAGCAAUCUCGGUCAUACUGCGAAGAGAAGCUACCAAAGAUCUGAUCGAGAAGAAGAAAGGUUCCAAGAGGCUGCUUCCUAGGACCGUGCUCGAAGCCAUCCAUGAGAGAAUCACUGCUUUGCGUUGGGAGUCCGCUCUCAAGGUUUUUGAACUACUACAUGAGCAGCAGUGGUACCGGCCCAAUGCUGCUUUAUAUGUUAAGCUAAUCGUCAUGCUUGGAAAAUGUAAGCAACCAGAAAAAGCCCACGAGCUGUUUCAAGCUAUGAUUGACGAAGGCUGUGCUGUCAACCAUGAAUCUUACACUGCUCUUGUAUCUGCCUAUGGUAGGAGCGGCCUCUUUGACAAAGCAUUUUCCCUCCUUGAGCAGAUGAAGAAUACUCCUGACUGCCAGCCUGACGUCCAUACUUAUUCAAUCCUCAUAAAAUCAUGCCUGCAGGUUUUUGCAUACGACAAAGUGCAGGCUCUGCUUUCGGAUAUGGAGAGUCAGGGGAUAAGACCCAACACCAUUACAUAUAAUACCCUCAUCGAUGCCUAUGGGAAAUCUAAAAAAUUUGCAGAGAUGGAAUCGACACUUGUGGAAAUGCUUGGCGAACAGGAUUGUGAGCCUGAUGUUUGGACCAUGAAUUCCAUACUGAGAGCCUUUGGCAACAGCGGGCAAAUAGAAACAAUGGAAAAGUGUUUUGAGAAGUUUCAGAGUGCGGGUAUCCAAGCCAACAUCAUGACUUUCAACAUUCUUCUAGAUUCCUAUGGAAAAGCUGGGAAUUAUGAGAAAAUGAGUGCUGUGAUGGAAUACAUGCAGAAAUACCAUUACUCAUGGACGAUCGUGACAUACAAUGUGGUGAUAGAUGCAUUUGGGAGGGCCGGGGAUUUAAAACAAAUGGAGUAUCUGUUUAGGCUAAUGCGGUCAGAGAGGAUGAAGCCAAGCUGUGUCACACUUUGCUCACUCGUAAGGGCAUAUGGGCUAGCAGGUUUGCCUGAAAAAAUUGAUGGUGUUUUACGAUUUGUGGAGAAUUCAGACGUGAUGCUUGAUAUUGUGUUUUUCAAUUGUCUGGUUGAUGCUUAUGGGAGGAUGGGAUGCUUCGCAGAAAUGAAGGGGGUGCUUGAGAUAAUGGAGCAAAAAGGAUGUAGGCCUGACAAGGUUACUUAUAGAACUAUGAUUAAAGCUUAUUCAGCCAACAAGAUGAUUGGCCAUGUGAAGGAACUCCGUGAACUUAUGGAAUCAACAGAAGGAAGUCAGAUGACUUGGUUGCACAGAGAAAAGCCUGACUUUCGAUGAGGUCUUUUUGCAGGUCAUGCAUUGCUGAAGACCAGCAAUGUUGUCAUAUACUGAUUUUUUAAAGUUAUUUAGUAUUAAAUCAUAAGUAUAAAUUUUAGCACAUAUUUAUUGUCUUGAUAAUACCACAUAUUGUAUGUUUAUAAUCAAGAAAAGAAAAUGCAUCUUC